AUGGACCGAAACCCAGACCUGGACAUAAAACUGGACCCGGACCUGUCUGCUGGCUUCCAUGUGCUGAGUCUGUGGAGAGGCUAUGUGGUCACGAACAAGCAGCCACUCAAGGUGGAGAGCACGUUUAGCUACCUGGAGAUUUCUUCCAUCAACAUUCACAGUCUCACUCAGAUUGAGUUGGAGACGGACAGGCAGAGCUUGUCUUUCAGUGUCUUGCAUGAUGAAGAUCUUGUUGCCAUGAUCAGCCACAUGACCGCGUCACUAAAGAGGAUCUUCCCAGAUUCUUCUCCAGGAAAGCUGUUGAAGACAGUUCCCCAGGACCUCCAGGAAAGGCUGCUCACUCUGACUGCUGUCAUAGAGGAGCAGCUGAACAGCCAACCAGGACCCUGUGGAGGAUUCUCUGAUACCUAUGCUGCUCUUUGUGAUUGGAAUGAAAUGCCAUUCAGAGAAGAAAUUCAGUGGGACGUGGACAAUAUCUACUACAUGCAUAACUGGAGAAGGUUCAACCUGCUGGACUUUAGCCAUUUAGAAAGCAAAGACUUGGCAUUGGUAGUAGCAGCUUUGUCUUUCAACCAAUGGUUUACUAAGAUCUAUUGCAAAGAACUCAAACUGUCAGCUGACAUCCAGCAGCAGCUCACUUUCCUGCUGUCCAAAUCUUCAAGUCUGGAGGAACUCUCGCUGGAGGACUGUGGAUUGAAAGUAGACUUUGCUGUGAAAAUGGCUGCUGCCCUCCAAGAGCACACAUCUUCUGCCCUGAAAGCCAUCAAUCUGUCAGGCAACUCCAUUGAAGAUAAAGGUGUAAUCGCCCUCAGUCAUGAAAUCAAGCAUCUAAAUGAGGGCCUGAGGUUCCUCUCCCUGAGUCGUGUAUCAAUGAGCGCCAAAGGUCUUGGCUGUCUGGGUCAGGUGUUGUCCUCCUGUCAGCAGUUUUCUACCUCUCUGACUCAUCUUAACCUGUCUUGCAACCCAGGAAGCCUGGUGACUGAGGAUGCCACGUUUCUCUUCAAGUUCUUGUCUGGUACAAACUCCCUGUCACAUUUGGACCUCAGUGACACCAACUGCCCUCUGGACACACUAUUUGUUUCACUGUCUGCUGGAUGUUGUUACAAGCUGACUCACCUGAACCUGGCCAGAAACCCCUUCAGCCACAGGAAAGUGCGGGAGGUGACCAGGAGCAUCCAGGAGUUCUUCAGUCAGAGCUGUGAGCUCAGAUUCGUUGGCCUGUCUGCAACCAAACUACCUCCACAAGCUCUCAGGUUAUUGCUGCAAGGUCUAGCCACCAACACUCGUCUCUUUGGUUUGGAGUUAGAUCUCAGUAGUUGUGAGCUGUGUUCAGCAGGAGCCCAGGUGAUACAGGAGCACAUCUCUGAGGCGAAAGCGAUCAGAAGUUUGGAUAUUUCUGACAACAGUUUUGAGAAUGACAUGGUGACUCUGGUUCUGUCUGUUGGUCGAUGCCAGUCUCUUCAUCACCUUGCUCUUGGAAGGAACUUUGCCAUGAAGUCCAGAGCUCUCACCGACCUUCUUCAUCGCAUAGCGCAGCUCAUUCAGGAUGAAGAGUGUCCCCUGCAGUCUCUCUCAGUGUCUGACUCUAAGCUGAAAACAGGGAUGCACAUUCUAAGGUUGCAGCAGCUAGACCUUUGUCUUUGUCCUUCUAGGUCUCUAACCUGGGACAGAAACAACGUCACUGCCAGGGGUUUCCAGGAUGUGGCAGAUGCCUUGGAAAGGAACCUUACUCUACAGAAGAUGUCUCCCCCCUUGGCUGAUAUCACACAGAGUUACCGCAGCAACCCAGAGCAAACAAAAGAAGCCCUGAGCAAGAUUCAGCAGUGUCUGUCCAGAAACAACAUGAGACAUCCUGGCAGUGUGGAGCUCCAGCAGGUGUUCAGGAGCCAACAGUCUGAGAAGAUGAUCCAAGCUAUGUGUCGACAGCUGGAAGACACCCUGCAGCGUGUAAGCCACUGCAAUACCCAGGCGGUCCAGAAUGAUAUUAUGGCUGCACAUGAAGUGCUCCAAAAUGCCAGAGAGUCUCUGAAGCUGCUUCCAUCUCUGUGUGAUGAGAGCAGGAAGUGUUCACCUGAUGGAGACUGGGUGACGGAUAUCUUAUCUGAUGUUGCCUCGGUACUAACUCAGGAAAUCAAAAAAGACUUUCAGGAGCUGGGUCAAGACCUGAAGGAUUAUGUGGAAAUGGUGUGUCCAAGGGUGGUGGAGCACUCCAGUGUCUGCAAGAGCCUAUCAGAGUGCAUGUCUAAAAGAAGCAAGCAGGCAGGAAUAUUCCUAAGAAGCACCCUGGUGGAAACCGCAGGGCAAAUCAUCAGCACCAGAUUGAGUGAAUUGAGACAAACAUUGGCUGUGACUCUGGUUGAAAGCAUGAUAGAACAGAUUCUACAAGAUCUGACUGAGGCACAGGACAAGAUGGACUCCCUAAUAAGCGAAAAUCCUUCCAGUUCUCAAAGAAUCAAUAUCCCAGAGCUUCGACUGACUGACAGUGAUUUCCCAACUGAUGAUUAUAGUCCAGCAUUCUGGAGGAGCAGUUUGCUUUCUAAGAGCCUACGGCCUGCUGCUUCAAUCAAAAGUCUCUUGGAUGCAGACUGUGAGCAACACACCAGGGAGAGAAGAACAGARAGAGAGAGGGGAGGAGCUGCCAAAGAGGAUGAUGAAGGGGGAAGGUGUGCGCUCCCACAGUUGCCACUCUCAGCCUCAAGUCCCUCUCUUUCCCCUUCUACUUCCUUGUCCCCCUCCCCCCAACUACAGAGGAGGAGGAGGUUGAUGGAGGGGGAGGUGGCAUCAGUGGAUACUGCAGAAGCAGUAUCAGGAGAUAGUGGAGCAUCGCUCAGCCCUCCUCCCAGCCGCCCCCCUAUCUACUCCAUCCCUUAUAAAGCUCCAAAACAGGAGACAGCUGGUGGUGGAGGCCUAAACGGACGACAGGCUCGCUUCCCUGGCUGCAGCCCCAGCACAGACCCCCACCCUGGCUCUGGAUUCUCUGCUUCUCCCAUGGAGCCUCUACCAAGUCAGGGACAGACUCUAAGGCACUACACUGCCUCCCGACCACGGCCACGGCGCACAUACACGCAACCCCCCACCUCCAGGCCUCAGGAACCAGUUUCUGAGGAAAAGAAGGAAGAUAAUGAGGCAAUGGGCAGAGUGGAUGAGGGAGUAGAAGAGUUUUUCACCAAGAAAAUCCUUCCUGACUGUGCAUUAUCUCUGAGAGUUGAUUUUGCUUUGUCUGCCAUUUGCAUGAGUAUUAGUUUUGUGAACCGGAGUAGGGCAUGUUACUUGGUUCUUGAACUAGUUGUAGUACUGAGUGUCUCCUUUCUUCUGUUGCUUUUUCUGCUGUCUCUCCACUGCAGAAAAGGCCGAUGGGAGGCGUCAAACCCUGCCCAAAUCUUUCCCACAGUGCCAAGCUCCACCCCUUUUUCCACUCCGUCUGACAUCACUCCAUCUACCACUCCCAUCAUCUCUCCCUCUGCCACAUCUACUGACACCUCCCUUCCAUCCAUUAAUGUUCACUCCCUUUCCUCAUCUACCACCUUCCCAUCCACAACUUGUUCCUCCACCACCACAAYUCCUACAAAAAAUAUAAAGAAAAAGUUAGGUGAUUUCUUYGCCUUCAAGAGGGCUCGAACAGGCCGAGCUGCCAAGACAGGCAGUGGAGAUGGAGGACAUGGAGCUGAAGGGGUCAAGGUCAAAAGGACCUCCAUUGCAGAUCUCAUUCGACCCCUCCGGGAGGCCAAAGACGGGGACAGAGACAGGGAAAGAGACAAGGAGAGGGAGAAGGAAAGAGAGAAGGAGACAGAGGAGGCUGCUAACAUUUAUAAUGAUGCCACUACUACUGAAGGAACUGCUGCCCCCGCCCGCUAUCUUGCCGACAUUGUGAGGGAAACGGUAACCCCUGCUGAGUCAUUAAGCACAACACAAUCCAGUGAGAUGACUCCUUCCUACCCCACCAUCACAACAAACCCCAAACUCACCACCUUUGUGCUUUCUGAACCGGAGCAAGCAGCAGUUCCUGUACCACCACACCUCAGCACCACUCCUGCAGUCAUUGCAACACCACCUGAGCCAGAAGCUCCAUCAUAUGUGGAGAGGAGACUGAGGGUGACCAAAAGACUGAGAGAAAACAAGAGCCAGAGUCUCAUACUGCUGACAGGAAUAGAGCCAGAUGACAAGGAUAAUACACCCAAUAAGAAACAUGCAUCUGAUGGUGCACCUGGCUUUGAACAGAGGCUUCAGGUGAUGCUGCACACAAUGGGAGUGUCCAAAACUCCACCUGCUGAAACCAAGAUGUGCCAGAAUAAAGACGAGGAGCUGAGAAAAGCCACCUCUGAAGGUGCUAUCCUAAACAAACCAGAACUACCUCCCAAAGAUAUCAAGUCCAGAAUAAUGUCCACUUCAUCAGCUGAGUCCAGGCAUCCUCUGAAAGUGCAAGACCCCAACCGACCAGUACCGCUUUACCCAAAGCCUGCCCAUCCUGAGUGCAUCAUGGGUCCCCURCCCCCCAAACCUUCCUUAGCAGCCAAGCUCCCCCCACCUAUCCCAGCUGCUCGCCCCUCCUSUGCUCCUGCCUUCACCAACUCAGCAGAGCARGUCCAUCUUGCAGCCCACACACAUGAUGGCAGGCCGAUGGAAACAGAGCAGAAUGGCAGCAGGGACGGUGUGCAGGGUGAAAUCCCCCCCCUGUCUCCAAGGAAGGAACUUCAUUCUUCAGCCACAAAAUCUCACAGAGAAGACAGCACACCAGAUCGCAACGAGAAAGUACAAUCUGUCACUGAGGAGAGUCUUCCUAUGCUACGCCAACACUUGAAGCCCCUCCCACAGCGCAGAGCUGUAUCUGUCCAUGAGGAGGUACUGACCAUGACGCAAGAACUCAAGGCUGUAUUACAGAAGUCACCCAUCCGUUUCCGGGGCAACCGCUGGGACCUGCCCUCCUGCAAAGAAGAUGAAACACAUGCAAACAAGCCAGAUGAUGAAAAGAAGGUCARGAGUCAGAUGGAUGAACAGGAGGCAGAGAGAGGACAAGCAAGCUGUGGAGAUACAGUGCCUCCAACCAAGCAGCUACGUUCACAAGAGGUAGAAGUACCCAGAUGCAGUGCAUCUGACAAGACUUUUACUGUGAUAGAGAGACCUCCCAUAUUACCCAGGAAAGUGGAAAAGUUACCUGUAAACCUUGCAUCUGAGAGAAAGAGUCCCACCAGAAUCUCAGCUUCCUCACCAUUGCAAGAAAAAGUCCRCAACACGUUGCCAGUUGGCUCUAAAUCCACAGAGAUAUCCCGCAUAAGCCCGUCCUCCCAGAAAAACAGAUUUGUCGCAUUGGAUCAGGGUAAUAACCCACAAGGGAAAGGAGAGAYACUUUCCCCACAGCACACAAAGAUGGCCGAGCCAGCAGAGCACAGAACUGAGCCGUCUGUUUGACUGAUGCACACAACAGUCUGACCUGGAAGAGCUCUGUCACAUCACUGACAUCAGGAAGUACGCAGGUAGAAUGUGAAUGUCCUACUCUUAUCUUUUUGUUUUUCAACAGCAUCAUUGUGUUUCCCAUCAUAGUGUGGGCAAGUUAAUUCGUGGGGUGAAUAAACUUCUUGCACGUUUUUGGCUGGAGGGAUGAAUCUAACAUAGAUUAUGUUUAUUUCUGUUAUUGAAAUCCAGUUUAUGCUGAUUUGAUUCGUGCGGUCUUUGCUUGUUCUCACCAAAAGGCCAAACUGUUAGCUGGGGUUAGCUAGCAURCACCAAUGGGUGUCUGCUGAAUGGAUUGGKGCUGCUGACAGGUUGUGAUUAUGACCCAUCAGAAUAUUGUAAAUAACUCCUUAUUAUCUCAGAUGAAACAAAAAAUAGUUUUCAAACUAUUGCUACUGUUUUUAUUUAUUUAUUUUUCAUUAUUCUUAUUUUUUUUUUGUCUUAUUUUCAAAUGUUAAAACAACUCCAGUCUCAACAAUGUUAAUAAACCAGAGAUUCUGGCAUUUUUUUCUCAAUGUUUUGAACCAGCAUUUUGUUUGGAGUAGAUUUCUACAAAGCUUUCUAAAAAUAAMCUAUAUAUAUUUGAUACGGCAGCCUGUAUGAAGAACUAAGAAACAGUGAGGGCACGUUUAACAAUAAUCUUGUAAAACUAUUAAUUGGAGAAAGAAAAGUUUAAAAUAAUGAAUGUUCUGAACACAGAAUAGUUACAUUCCACCUGCUGUUUCACAGUUCUGUGUUUGUAUAAAAGGUCUUUGUCAGCAGACCUGAACAUUGACAGUCAUGCGUAAGUUCAUCCUUCAUCAGAAUUAGUUCCAAGUUCACUUCACAUUGAUUAGAACAGAAAUUAUUCAUCUACAUGGCUUACUACCAAUAUAUUCUGAACAAAUAAUAGUCCUAARAUGAAGUGAACAAUGAACAUUUGUGUUCCUAAUUCAUCUUGAUACAAAGAUGUUUGACUUUGUGUUAUUAUUGUAACGUGCCAUUUGACUUCUCUUUAGUAUUUGUUGUAUAGACUCUGCAUCAAGUACAUGUUGCAGAGUAAAUCUCACUUUCACCUGUUUUAUUGCUUUAGUUGUGAAAAAGAAACUUUCUUACUAGACAAUUGUUUUGAUUAUGACUUCAAUAGCACUUUAAGCCUGAUAAGCUUAUAUAAUCAUGGUUGUGAUAAAAAUAAUAGUCAAAGAGGAAAGGUAAAAGUGGCAGAGUACAUUAAGCUGAAGCCUUAUUACUCAGUUGGUGUUUUGUAAAUGCAAACCUACACUCUGUGUGCAUGAUAAUCACAGAGUUGAACUGAAAACACAACCCAGUGUGGCUGGAGCAUGAGCCUGCAGCUGAUGUUAAGUUUAAGCUGAGAAAGCAGGUACUGUAGUCAAUGUAAGAGUGAAGCUCUUAUCCAUAGUGGAUAUAAUCCACUAUGGACGUUAUCCAUAGUGGCUCCGGUUGAAGAUUAAUGUGUUGUUUAACUGCCUAAAGUCACCAAGCGUUUGUCUAUGAAGGAAUGUUAAGACGCUUGCAGCAGUUGUUAAAAGUUGAUUACAUCAUGUAAUUUCCUUCAAAGUCAAAAGGAUCUAAGAAAGUUCCUGGUACAGUUCCUAUAUGGGAACACAUUUUUACAUAAAUGGUGUCAGAUUUGUGAUUUAUUUUUUGUCACCAGUCAUAUUGUCGUUAUUUUAUGAGGGGGAAUUUUUCACCAGCUCAGUAGUUCACCAGGUCUUUAUGUGUCAUCUGAUGCUAUGUGAGAUACCAACACCAAAUUGUGAUUUAGCUUUGAAAUUCUCAGGGCGGCUGUGAGGAACGACGUGGGAUUUUUCUAAACUGUUAUGUUUCUCUUUAACUUGCACGUACAGAAUAUUUGCAAAACUGCAUAAAUCAAAUUAGUUUGAACAGAGUGUAAAUAUAUGCCUAUACUUAUCAAAUAAUAAAAAAAGUAUUGACAUGUGUUCCA